AUGGCCCAAGACUGGCAGCAGGCACUCCUUGAUGAUCUUGAUAGUGACAGUGACGAUGGCCUGGUGGUAGUUGACGAUGCUGAACUCCCCAUGGUCGAGCGCAUACAGCGAGUGGUGAACCAGCAGCCGGCAGUCGAGUACACGGGGCAAUCGGCCGUGCUCCCCCUCGUGCCACUGAUAGAGGAGGAGAUGGCGAAAUAUAAAGACGCUCAAUCGACACAGUUACAGGAACUCAUGGCGGCAGUGCUGUCUAAUAUGGCUGAGGAGAGCGCCGAACACCGCUUCAUCACUGCGCUCAACGAGUUGCUGGUGGUGGUAGCCCACGAGAUUGGCUUAUGUAACCAGUGGCUUCGACACCAGUACCGUGACGUAUUUCCUGAGCUCGACCAGCUCGUGGCCAGCCCGCGAGAGUACGCCCAAAUUGCCUUACUUGUGGGCAAUGAAGUGAGCCGUGUGAGAACGUUGGAAGAGGAACUAGGCAAACUUGUGAGCCGGGAAAAGGUGUUGGUGAUCAUGAUGGCGGGGUCAAUACACACCCUGCCGACCACCGAGCUUGCACCAGGGUUUACUGCUGCCUGUGAACAAUUGAUUCAACUUAGUGAGUUUGUGGGGAGUAUUGGCCAGUUCAUUGGCGAGAGAGUAGGCAAGUUUUCUCCCAACGUCACUGCGAUUGUUGGUCUGAUCACUGCCUCUCAACUUAUCAUUGCCCUAGGCUCGCUAGCGCUGUUGGCACUGACCCCCAGCUGUAACCUUGCUCUGCUAGGAGUGAAGCAGAUGGCCAGUACCACUGAGGCUGGCGGUGCCGACCAUAUUCGUCAACGGGGGUACCUAUAUUACUCUCCCAUUGUUCACCAGGUCCCCGCUGACAUCAAACGGCUGGUGAUGAGAAUCGUGGCGGGGAAAGUGGUGCUUGCGGCUCGGGUAGACAUCCUGGGCCGAGGAUCAAGUGAUGCUAGUGUAGGUGAGAAGUUCCGUCAAGAUAUCGAAGCUAAGAUUGAAAAGCUUCAAGCUCCGCCUGAAGCUACCCCCGACAAGGCGCUUUCAUUACCUAAGGAGUUUAAGUCCAAGAAGCGGGGCGGGCGCAAGUACCGUAAGAUGAAAGAACGCAUGCAACUCUCCGAAGUCCGGCGGGCCCAGAACAUCAUGGAGUUUGGCAAAGCGGAAGCCACCUUCACCACCGCUCUCGGCGACGAGGUGGGGCUCGGUAUGCUUGGUAAACUGAAGGUGGCAGCCUCUGAUGCGACGAGGGCGAAGAUGUCUAAAGCCAUGAUGGCUCGUGUCAACAAAAAAUGA